AACUAGCAUGGCGACCGCUCUAUGCGGUGUUCAGUCCACCGGCAGCAACAGUAAACCCGUGAAGAAUUAUCGAGAACACCGGAGGAGAGUGAAAGAUUCCAGGCGGAGACAGGCAGCCCUGUUGUUCCUCACUAACAUCUCACUCGACGGACGGCCUCUGUGUCACAUAAACGAUGGAAAUACCGAGGAGAAAGCGGCCGAGGAGCCGCGGCUCGGGCAUAGAGACAGCGGCGCUGCGGUCCUGGCGCCGCCUGAUGGCCAAGCACCGAUGGCCCAGGUGACAGAGCCCGCGUUGCCCGCCGCCGGCAGCGGCUCAGCCUCCAGUUUUCCCGGGGUCCUCAGUCCAAGCCGACCUUCCUUGGUAACGUCGCCGGGACCCGCCGGGCCAGCUGCUGUCGGUGCCAACGAGGUAUUUUUGGAAGGUGUCACUGCGGCCGAGACGCCAACCGCGGACACCCCCGUGUCUCCCGGGGCCACCGGCCACCAACACUGCUCCCGUGUCAGGUCCACACCCGCCGUACCGAGCCCGGCUGCUACUGCCCAGGAGUCACGGCAGAGGUUGAGGAAUGUCUCCGGUUCUCCUGGACCCAGGGUGCCAAAGAAAGUACAUUUCAUCAAGAGUAUGAGACAGUAUGACACCAGAGGCUGCAGGAUCAUGCUGAUUUGUGCCAAGCGGUCGCUAUAUGCUGCUUUCUCAGUGCUGCCCUAUGGAGAGAGUGCUCACCUCAGUGACCCUAAGAUGGAGACUCAGAGACAAAGGCUGUCUUCUGUGGCGACUGCAGACCUUCUGCCUUCCUUGGAAGGUGUGGAGCUGGGCGCAUAUGGCAAGACGGUGUCAUAUGCUCAGUUCCUUUAUCCGACCAAUGCCUUGGUGAGGCAGAAGAGCGGUGGCGUGCAGGAGAGCUGCGCCUCAGCUCAGACCCCUCACUCACGUUUCCGUGGCAACGGGCAGCAGAAGAACUUCACCCAGGCUCGUGUGAACAACAGUGUGGCACAAGAGCCAAAUGCAGAGGAGGUGACAGAGUACGACCCGAACCUGCUCAGCGACCCUCAGUGGCCCUGCGGGAGACACAAGAGAGUUCUUAUAUUUGCAUCAUACGUGACGACCGUUAUUGAGUAUGUGAAACCGUCCGACCUGAAGAAGGACAUGAACGAGACUUUCAGAGAGAAGUUUCCUCACAUCAAGCUGACGCUGAGCAAGAUAAGAAGCUUGAAGAGAGAGAUGCGGGUCGUGAGCGAGGAGUGCAGUCUGCAGCCCGUCACCACGGCGAUGUCAUUUGUUUACUUUGAGAAGCUGGUGCUGCAGGGUCGCCUCAACAAGCAGAACAGGAAGCUGGUUGCGGCGGCGUGCGUGCUACUCGCUGCAAAGAUCAGCAGUGAUCUGCGGAAGCCAGAAGUCAAACAGCUCAUUGACAAGCUGGAGGAGCGUUUCCGUAUAAACAGACGGGAGUUGAUUCCUCUGGAGUUUCCUGUGCUGGUUGCCUUGGAGAUGGGACUUUACCUCCCUGAGAGCAAGGUCAUGCCGCACUACCGCAGGCUGGUGCAGCAGGGGUAGACUGUGACACUCCGCUGGGUUCAAUAUUAACACCAGCGUGCGUGCGUGCGUGC